AUGAGCCACCCAACUUCCAACCAUCAUCAUCAUUGCACCCCAGUGCACCAAGCCGUCUUCGUCCUCACCUUUAACGCCUCCCACUGGAACGAGGCCCAUAUCCCACCGCUGACCGAAACCGCAGGCACCACCCUCUGCGGCAGCCCCGACUCGCCAUUCGGUGUCCUGGGCGUCUACCACUCGAAGAGCUUGGCGGAGCGCGUCGGCGAGGACUGGGCGGGUCGACAACUCGACAACUUCCUGGACGACUGCAAUCCUGCCCUCGAGACCGAAGAGGAGAGACAAGAGGCGCGGAGUCACUGGUGCGCAGGCGUGGAUCCACGUGAUGAUGGGGUUUGGCAGUACAGCAUCUGUGGUGAGCAGUGUGAUGAGUUGGUGGUAGAGGUGAGUGAGCGGAGGGUGGUGGGGCGUGUUAAAGGGUGCGAGGAUGGAGAGGAGGAUGAGGACGACGAUGACGAUGAUGAUGACGAUGACGAUGAAGAGGGAGGGGAAGAGGAAGGGCAGGAGGGUGAGGAAGAGAAAGAGGGGGGAGGUGGAGGAGGAUGA